AGAAAAAAGACGGAACCAUGGCAAUGAAAGGGCUGUUUUGCACAAGCUCAUUUUGCUUGCGCCAUGUGCCGUUUUCAUGCAUGAUAAGGAUUUUACAUCCUCCACUUGCUAAUCCAGCAUGGUGCAGAUUUUAUAGCGAACAACUUUCCAACACCAAAAACACGGAAUCCAACGAAAACCAGAGCCUGCUGAGCAACCUGGAAUUUAUGGGUGUUGACAUUACAAUGGCCAGAAAACGUCAACCUGGAAUCCUGAAGAAGAUGAUCACACACGAGGAAAGCCUUAGGAAGUUUCUGCUGGCAAAGGGAGCUAGCAGAGAAGCAAUAGCCAGCAUUAUUUCUCGCUACCCAAGGGCAAUCACACGCACCUAUGAACACCUGCAGAAGAAGUGGGACAUUUGGCAGAGCAUUUUGAAGACAGAUUUACACAUUAUAAAGAUUGUGGAACGCUCCCCGGAGUCUUUUUUCCGAUCUGGUGACAUUGAGAAUUUGCAGGAAAACAUUUCUUUCCUUAGUUCCCUUGGAUUGACUCCUAAAGAUUUAAGCCAGUUACUUGCCAAAGCCCCUCGAACUUUCUCCAAUCGAGCAGAACUCAAUAAGCAGAUGGUUUACUUUUUACAGGACUUGCAUGUCUGCUUAGGAGGCGAGAAUCCACAGGAGUUUGUUAGGCAAAUCAUUACCAAAAAUAUAUUCAUAUUAAUAAGAAGUACAAAGCGCCUUAAAGCCAAUAUUGAAUUCAUUCAGUCCACUCUUAAGAUGAGCGAUAAGGAACUGUUGAUAUGGAUUCAAGGCAGUGGAGCAGACAUUCUAGACCUCUGUAACACCUACAUAAAAAGGAAUUUUAAAAAUGUGCAUCAAAAGUUGCACGCCCUUGGCUGUUCAGAAAAUGAGAUCACUCACAUUAUUACUAGCUACCCCAGCAUACUUUAUCUGUCCCCGGUGAACUUUCUUGUCAAAAUAGAUCUUCUUCUUAAAUGUGGCAUUGGGGUAAACCUAGUACUAGAAACUCCCAGAGUCCUAGAGGUCAGCAUCGACAAUAUAAAGAAUAGGAUUCAUGAUUUAGAAGAACUUGGCUAUAACUUUGAGCUUAAUGGAAUUGGUAUUUUGGUUUUAAGCCAGACGAGGUACAGAGCUAAAUUAGAGAAAAUUUCUGGUUCUAAACAGCAUAAUGUCAAAUACUAGUAGUGUCAAAAAAUAAAAAGCUCUUAAAUAGUGCUUAGUAUAUUUUUUAGAUAUAGUAUCGCUAAGAGCAAAAAUAGAGGGUUAUUCUGUUGCUGCUUUGCUUGGCCAUCGCCAUGACUUUUCACUCUUAGCUGCCAGUGAUGCCCUUUCUGGCUAGGCCAUACCGUAUGUUGGCUUUCUUUAAGGCUAAAUCCUUAAUUUUAUCAAAUAUGGGCUUAUUAACUGCAAACACUGGGUGAGGUCAUGUGGUAUAAACAGCAUUCUGAACAUAUACAGCCAAGAAAAAAAUCACAGUAUCACAGUAUCAGGCCAUUCCUUGCUCUUUGUUGCAUAAGCAGUUUGUUGGGUUUCAUGUGCACUGUGAUCAUUUGGCACAGAGUAAUGUUAUACAAGGUAUUUUGAUAACCAUAUUGUUCUGAUUGAGUUUUUUUUUUCCGUCCUUGAGCAUUAGGCAGCAUAGAUUGCAAAAGACCAAGUAUUGUCAGAAAAAGUGGACAUCA